UUCUGUUCCACUGGCGCAUCCCUUCGAACUACCAGAACAACAGACGAUAUGCUCGAGCCGGAGCUGACCACAGAAGGCGGCCUGCGCAUAGCCGUUGAGGGUUGUGGACAUGGAAAGCUGCAUGAUAUCUAUGCAUCCGUGGAAAAAUCCUGCGAGCUAAAGGGAUGGCCUUCUGUUGACUUGCUCAUUAUUGGGGGUGAUUUCCAGGCCGUCCGCAAUGCGCUCGACCUCAAGGCUGUCUCUAUGCCCGAAAAGUAUUACGACAUGGCGGAUUUCCACGAAUAUUACUCGGGUAACCGCACUGCGCCUUAUCUGACCAUCUUCAUUGGGGGAAAUCAUGAGGCCAGCAACCAUAUGUGGGAGCUCUACUAUGGAGGUUGGGCUGCACCCAACAUCUACUACAUGGGCGCAGCAAACGUGAUUCGCCUCGGCCCACUUCGAAUUGCUGGUCUUUCUGGAAUUUGGAAAGGUUAUGAUUAUCGCAAGGCUCACUAUGAACGUCUACCCUACAACGACAAGGACGUCCGAAGCAUAUAUCACGUGCGGGAGCUGGAUGCUCGCAAGCUUCUCCAGAUCAGGAGCCAGGUCGACAUUGGCUUAAGUCAUGACUGGCCUAAUGGUAUGGAAUGGAAGGGCGAUUAUAAGCAACUCUUUCGAUUCAAGCCUUACUUCGAAAAGGAUGCAAGAGCUGGUAGUUUGGGAAACAUUGCGGCAACUGAGGUCUUGGAACACCUGCGACCAGCACAUUGGUUCAGUGCCCACAUGCAUGCUAGAUACACGGCUACGUGGGAACAUACAGAUUGGCAACCAGAUGAGGCCCCGAAGGCAUCUGCGGGAGGGCCCUUCAAAAUUACUAAUAAAGACGAAAUCGAGUUGGGUAUCGAAGACGAUGCACCGUCGGUAGCUCCUAAGAAUGAUGCAGAGAUAGAUAUCGACAUGGAAGACGACACCCCGGCGGUAGCUCCUAAGAAUGACGCAGAGAUGGAUCUUGACAUGAAGGAUGAUGAGCCCGCGGAACCGGUCGCUGCAGCAAACACAAGCACAAAAGUAAGUGGAAAAAAGCCGGACGUUAGCCAAAACGUACGUGCCCUGCUCCCAGAGUCAUUUGCCAAGGCUCCGAAGAGAGAACCAAAAAUCGUUCUUCCUUUUCCUACUGAAAUCACAAACAAAACCACGCGGUUCCUAGCACUAGACAAGUGCUUACCGAAUCGUCAUUUUCUGCAACUCUUGGAGGUCCAGCCUCACAAGCCAGCUGAGUUUACGCGUCCACUUCGACUUGAAUACGAUGCGGAAUGGCUUGCCAUCACACGGUUGUUCGCGGAUCAUCUAGUACUAGGCAACCCAGGAGCUCAUGUUCCUGCUGACAAGGGCGACGGUGCCUAUAGGCCACUAAUCGAGAAAGAGUUGGAAUGGGUAGAGAAGAAUAUCGUGCAAGCAGGAAAGAUGACCAUACCCGAGGAUUUUGAACGAACGGCGCCGGUACACAACCCAGCGGACGACAUAUACGCUCCAGGCACGCCUCAAGAAUAUACCAAUCCGCAUACGCAAGGAUUCUGCAAGCUGCUACAAAUUGCGAAUCCGUUUCAUGCGUCCGAUGAGCAACGGGCCAAGCUGAUGCAAAAUGGACCCCGAGGAGGACCUACACGAGAGGAUUGGGGCAGGGGAGGCGGGGGAGGCCGUGGAGACCGUGGAGGCCGGGGUCGGCGUCGUGCUCGACGGUAG